UCAGAUUCUCACUCACAGCAGGAGUCGAAACCCAGAGAGAGGGGGCUGUCAGGGAAGGCUUGGUGAUAGAACCCAUAGACAAUUCAGCAGUGAGUGAGAGAGAGACACACACACACACAGAGGGAAACUGUGAUCCCUUUGAAAUUCACUGAGAACUGAGUGUCUGAAGCGAGAUUUAGAACUUGAAGUGGAUUUCAGUCUGAGAAUCCUGAGGGUGCGGAGGGUGAGAACCAUUCCCCGCCUCAGGAGUGAGGAGGGAACUGAUAGGAAAUGAGCUGGGCUCGGUUUGGAGGGAGUUGUGUCUGAGUGUGAGCUUUUCACUUGGCCCGUGGCAGUGUGUUCCCAGGCUGAGUUGCUGAAGAUGCUGGCGCUGUGCGUCUCUCCUUCUGCCAUCGUCCUCCUCUCCUUUACCUUCUGUCUGCACAGGGUUUGGUGUAACGAAAUCCUUGGCCUGAAGAUCCCAGUGGAUCCCGUCCUGACCGCAAACACCGUGUGCCUCACCCUCUCAAGCUUGACCCGCCGUCAGUUGGAAGUCUGCAUGAGGAAUCCCGAUGUGACAGCUUCUGCCAUCCAGGGAAUCCAGAUUGCCAUCCAUGAGUGCCAGCACCAGUUCCAGGACCACAGGUGGAACUGCUCCAGCUUGGAGACUAAGAACAAGAUCCCUUAUGACAGUGUAAUCUUCAGCCGAGGUUUUAAGGAGAGCGCGUAUGCUUACGCCAUUGCUGCAGCGGGGGUAGUUCACGCCGUUUCCAAUGCCUGCAGCCUGGGCAAGCUGAAAGCCUGCAGCUGUGACGACAAACGGAGAGGUGAUGAGGAGGCUUUCCGGCUCAAACUCAACCGGCUCCAGCUGGAGGCGCUGAACCGGGGCAAGGGCAUGGUGCAUGGGGUACUCGAACCCCUUCCCACUGACCUGCCGGGACCCCAGGACUCCUGGGAAUGGGGAGGCUGCAGCCCUGAUGUGGAGUACGGUGACAAGUUCUCCAGGGACUUCCUGGAUUCCCGGGAAACCUACAAGGAUAUCCACUCGCGCAUGAGGCUCCACAACAACAGGGUAGGCCGGCAGAUGAUCGCAGACAACAUGAAGAGGAAAUGCAAGUGCCACGGCACAUCUGGGAGCUGCCAGCUGAAAACGUGCUGGCAGGUGACCCCCGAAUUCAGGAUGGUGGGCAGCAUGCUGAAGCGCAAGUUCUACAACGCCACCCUGAUCAAAGCCCACAACCGCAACACGGGGCAGGUCGAGCAAAGCCAACCCCAACCCCAACACCAACAACAACACCACCACCACCACCACCACCCACACCGGAGGAAAUCCAAUGCCGGAGAGCUGGUCUUCUUCGAGGAAUCCCCCAAUUUCUGCGAGAGCGAGCCCGGUCUGGACUCAGCGGGCACACGAGGGCGGAUCUGCAACAAGACCAGCCCCGGCCUGGACAACUGCGAGAGCCUGUGCUGUGGCCGGGGUCACAACAUCCUGCGACAGACGCGCACGGAGAGGUGCAGCUGCAAGUUUCAUUGGUGCUGCUAUGUGGCAUGUGAGGAGUGCCGAGUGACAGAGUGGGUCAGCGUGUGCAAAUAAACCGGCAGCACACUUGUCACAGGAGAUACGAACUCAGAAAACACACCCACACACACACACACCCACACACACACACACACACGCGCGCACACACACACACACACACACACACACACACAACAGAGUGGGAACGCUUCAACUUAAAUGAGAGGGCACAGUUCAGCCAAAGAAGCUGUUGGAACCUACACUUCUGCACUGCUGCGGAAGUUUGCAACACUUACAGGGACAAACUCCCUUCCUCUAGUGAGGCAGAAUCACGUUUUUUUUUGGAGUUUCCUGGGAAUCUCUGCCAUCUCUCGUUUUUUUUUUAUUCCGUCUCAACUCGACUUGAACGUUUGACAGACUCGGAGGAUGCUCGUGAAAUUGACAGACUCAGGAACUUCUUCAAAAACUUUGCCAACUCAACUAAAGUU